AUGGCUUGCUCGAAUUGCUGUUACUCGCUUAUUAAAAAUUUGACCCUUUUAAUUGCUAUUUUGGCCAUCGGUAUUCCGUUGUAUUAUAAUUCGACUAAUCCUUUAUAUCUUCAAAUACGUGUGAUACAUUCGUUGAUAUCAAUAAAACAUAUGCUUGUUCCAGAUGCUGCUCGACCAAAAUUAACAGCAGAAUAUCGAGCAUUCGAAGGUAUACUCGGCAGUUUCAAAUCAAUCCAGUAUGAUCCGAUGAUGGAUCCAUUAGAAAGAGUCAAGCAGAUGCGUGCAUCAUUUUCAUUUGGUAAGACUAUCCCGCGUUCAUCCGAAUGCCGAUUCAAAAAAGAAUUAUUCAAAUACGAAGAACGAACAGCCGAAGCUUAUUGGAUAAACAAUCUAAAGCAAGAAAAUAAAUGGGAAACAGAUCAAAUUCUACUUUAUUUUCAUGGUGGAGGUUAUAUGUUGGGUGAUUUUCAAGCUUACAGUGGUUUUGAAUGUCACAUAUCUCGUCUUUUCAAUAUGACCGUUAUUCAUCUCGAAUAUAGUCGUGUACCUGAGCAUCCAUUGCCAGCAGCUGUCAAGGACGCAGUCACAUUGUAUGGUGCCCUUCUUCAACAAGGUAUUUCCUCAUCUCGUUUGGCCAUUAUGGGUGACUCAGCUGGUGGAGGCCUCGCAUUACUCACCAUCCAAGCAAUUCUUAAUCGACAAUUGCCAAAGCCUCGCGCAGCUGCUCUUGUAUCUCCUUGGACUGAUUUGUCGUCAUCCGGCGAGAGCUUCAAACGUAACCGUGUGAUAGAUGUGCUGCUUAAUUCUGAGCAUAUUCCUUGGAUGAUCGAUCAAGCCUUGGGACCAAACCGUGAUCAACUAGCCCGAGAUGAUCCUAUAUUCAGUCCACUCUUUGGUUCGUUUAAUGAUUUUCCUCCACUGUAUGUCGUAGUAGGAACAGCAGAAAUAUUAGAAGACGAUUCGAGACGAGUGGUUGACAAAGCACGAUCGCAAAAUGUCGAUGUAACCUUUGAAGUUGGCGAACACUUAAUGCAUGUUUAUCCACUGUUCUUUUUCUAUUUUCGUGAAGCCAGAGACACACUUGAAAAUAUUCGUCAAUGGUUUGAAGGAAAAUUUUAA